GCCUUAGAAUUUAAGACCCUUGAAGCAGGUUCAGGCCGUUGCGUCCAGCGCCCGCCCCAGCCCCUGCCAGGCGUCUAAAAGGAGAAGGAACUGAGAAGAGCUCCUAAGAAGUCCCCCCGCCAGGCCGCAGCUCCACGGGACCGUCGCGGUUUAGAAACGAUGACACGUUUCUCAGCGUUAAGUGAGAACGACGAAAACAAAUCUCUGCUUGGCAGCGGCCCCUCCCACUCGGGUGGGGCCGGACGGAAAAAGCACAGAUACAGUUCGAUCCAGCUGCCAGAGGCUGAGAUUCAUCCCACGUGGGAAAACUAGAUUGGGGCCCCACCUUGUGUGGCUGCAAACGGAAGACCCGAGUGUCUUCCCUGGAGGCAGGGUGUCGUGGUUUCGAAAGGAGAACUGGCAGGACGGGGCUUUCCACUGCCGUGAACUCACAGGGCCAGCUCUACCCUGUUGGCAUCGACUCGGUGGCGGUGGAGCUUUGUUGCUGGCUUGAAUCUUCUCUCGAGACAAGGCCAGAGCAGAGUAGGCUGGAGCCCCUGAGUCGUGCGCAUGCGCAGCCCCUUUGGCACCAAUCGGAAGGGUACAGGUUUGAGUCCACCCAAUGGCGCUGUGGAAGAAGGCCUGGCAAUCUACUUGUGAAACAAAAAGCAGAAAGCCUCGGGUGCCAUUUCUACUCUGAUGCAUUUCAUCUUCUCCGAUGAGGUGGUGCUUCUCUUCGAUUUCUGGCGUGUCCACAGCCCAGCAGGCAUGGCCAUUUCAGUGGCCGUGGUCCUGCUCCUGGCUGUGUUGUACGAAGGCAUCAAGGUCGCUAAGGUCAAGCUGCUCCGCCAUGCUCUGGAGAGCCUCCCGAUCCCCACCAGCCAGCAGCUCAUGGAGGAGACGGAUGGGGAAUCAGCAAGCUCAGAUUCGCUCUCCGUUGGCAGAAGCCACCUCAGGUGGUUUCUGUGUCACUUCGGCCAGUCUCUAAUCCACGUCACUCAGGUGGUCAUUGGCUACUUCAUGAUGCUGGCUGUCAUGUCCUACAACACCUGGAUCUUCCUCGGCGUGGUUGUGGGCUCAGCUGUGGGCUACUACCUAGCCUACCCACUUCUCAGCAUGAUCUAGCUGGUGGGGCGUGCAGGCACCGAGGGCUGGAGGGGGCCGAGGCAAUGGACUUCCAGCCCUUUGUCCUCUCUCCGACUACUCCCCAGCAAUGGAAGCUUUCAGCUGAGGUUGGCUCCUGCCCCCUGGAGCUCCCUGGCCAGCCAGUGGGGGCCCAGGCCUACUCUUUCUGGGCCUGCAUAAGGCUGUUGGACCAAAGGGAGGAAAGAGCAGAGGCUGGUGCAGGACGCUGAGUCCUGGGCGAUCCUGGGACUCAUAAAGACCCUCGGAGACAGCGACGUGGGCUCUGCAGUGAUGAAGGCAGGGAAGCUGGAACCCCUUGCUCUCCUGCUCCGUGCCUUAUCUCGAGGAGCGUCUUCCACGGGCUGCCUUCCCGGCCUCUGCGUGGGGACACAGACUACGCUGGCUCCUGUAUCUCACCUUUUUGCCUUUGGACACACGAAGAUGGUCUCUUCUCUGAAUCAUGACGACACACUGAGAUUCACACACACACACCAGGAGCUCCUGGUCGACAAUUUUGCACAUUAAUCAGGGCAAAUUUCUAAUGAAAUUAUGACUUUUAUUUAUGAUAAACGGCAGCAUCUGACGAGGCCGGGUUCCCUUUCUUUGGGUCAGGGUGGGGGUGAGCAGAAUGAGUGCUAGUGGCUCCGACGCAGCCUGGCGAGCUUGAGCUGGGCUCCUGCAGCAGACUGCCCGGUCCGCAGCUCAGGGAGAGCCCGCCGGCCCCAGAGGCCUCCCAAGCUCGUCAUGCAGAACAGAGCAGCACGCGGAACACAUUUAAGGAUAUUCCCUCACUGCUCACCUAACAGGGACCUGGGGGGAAAUGCUGAUUAAGUCACAGGGUGUGCUGACUGAAGGUGCAAUACAUGGUCAGGCCAAAGCUGUUACAUUUGUUUAGAUGGGACUCUCCUGAGAGCGGAAUGGCUUCACCUCAGAGGACAGAGACCCAGGGAGGGAGCAUCACUGUUGUAUACUGUAUGUCCUUACUCACGCAGCACACGGGCUAGGUAAAAAGAUGGUUAAUAAAUUUAGGGUAUUAAGAUACACCUAAAAAAAUAGAUACACUUUAAUAAAGAUGUUACUUCUAAACAA